AUUUUGCUCCAAACACAAUUAUUAAUUUCUUGAUCAAAAAAUUUCUUGCGAAAACAAUGUGUGCUUAUAGACAAACUCAUCGUUCUAAUCACACACGUAUUCAUUCUUCAUUCAAUUAUCGCAAUCAUCAACAACAACAACGUUAUAAUCAGCGUAAUCAACAAAUUCAACAACAACGAGGCUAUAAUCCGCGCCCUAAUUAUCAGCCUUCUAGACGACAUAAUCACAAUUUUCAUACUAAUCCACGCGAAAAUUAUCAGUCCUCUGCUGGACCUGAAUACUCUUCAGGUAUACUAUCAAUUAGUCCGUACUCACACAUUGCUAAUGUAUUUGGGACUCUACCAAUUGUGUUCAAUCGGAUUAGUGGAGAAACGUUUCAUUAUCUCCACUGCUUGGCUCUUCGUUUGGCUCUUCGUUUUAUUGAUCACUUAUUCAUUGAGUUUCGUGCUCUGUAUGAUGAUGAUGAUGAUGAUGGUGAUGUGUUAAAGUAUUUAAAAAUAAGAACUCAUCAUAUUGUUGCUAAAGAUGAAGUCGAUACCGAAGUAGCUGAGGUAGAAUCAAAUAGUUGUUCAAUAUGCCUAUCUGUAUACGAAAACGAAGAGAAUAUUGGAGCGUUGCAAUGUGGACACGAGUAUCAUACAGACUGCAUCAAACCAUGGCUGUUGAAGAAGAAUGGUUGUCCGCUGUGUAGAGCUUCAGUUUUGUAAACACACAAAUUAAGACUCAAAGUAGUAAAGACAUUUACACAAAUAAAUAUGGUCGAAAUUUAGCUUAAUUGGGUUGUCCUGUUUCAUCAUAUUGUCUUCGGAAUAACGUUGGGUAAAUGAUCAUCUUUUUAUUUCGUUUAUAAUAUGUAACUUUAGAAGUCUAUAGUCCUUUUUUUUUUUUUUUUUUUAUGUAAUUGCAAGUGUUAGGAAAUCAUCUAAUGUUUUGUGUUAAGAGCUUGUUUGACAUUGUGUCAAGAGGUCGAUUAAGUGUUUGAAUAUAUACAUGUUCAUCAAUUAUCACUAUAUCCCUUAUUAAUUAAUUGACUUUAUCUCAUAAGUUUAAUUAAUUUUCAUUAAAAAACAUUAUUUUUAUUUUAUAUAAUAAUUUUAUACUAUUAUUUAUAUUUUAUUAUGUAAUUUGUAGAUAUAUACAUAUAUAUGAUAUGCUGAAUAAUCUCAACGUUCCAAUUGCUUUUUCAACUUUUUCAGGCUUUCCAUUGGUUAGAACUAUAAGGAAGAGAAUGGAUCAUGUAAUAGCUGUUACGAUAUUAAAAUAAGUGUUUAACAAAUAUAACAAGUAAUUUAAAAUAAGUUAAGAAGUGUUUAGCAACUUAAAAAAUAAUUUAAGAUAAAUCAAAGCUAGAUCUCUCCUUACUUUUUAUUUUCUUGACUUAAAAGUUAUUUUAAUUUCACUUUUUAUUUUUUUGAUUUAAAAACUAUUUUUGGGAAUGUACUCGUUGAGGAUCUAAACUUGUUCACAU